AUGAUUUCUUUACGAGCAAAUGUGAGGUUAAGAAUAAACUCGACACAGGUUUCAUAUCUCACACUUAGUGCAUACUUUGAUUAUGGGGAUUUAAAAUACCUCUUUUUCAUGAUGGUCAUGUCUUUAUAUAUGUUAAUAGUUUGUGCCAAUGUUUUCCUCAUUGUGGUUAUCUGUAUGAACAGAAGCUUACAUGAACCUAUGUACCUUUUUCUGUGCAGCCUGUUUGUAAAUGAACUGUAUGGUAGUACAGGGUUGUUUCCAUUCCUUCUGGUUCAGAUCCUCUCUGACAUUCACACUGUUUCUGCUUCUUUUUGCUUCCUGCAGAUUUUCUGUUUGUACUCUUAUGGGAGUGUGGAGUUUACUAAUUUAGCCAUCAUGUCUUAUGACAGAUACCUCUCUAUCUGUUGUCCUCUACAAUAUAACACACAUAUGACGUCUAACAAGGUUGCCAUGCUUAUUGCUGUAACGUGGUUUUACUCAUUUCUCAUAGUUGUUGUCACAACAUCCUUGAGUUCCUCUUUGCAGCUGUGUGGGAACAUCAUUGAAAAACUUGUCUGUACAAACUACGCCAUCGUUAAACUGGCAUGCUCUGACACCAGAGUAAAUAACAUUUAUGGACUUACUGUUACUUUACUCACAGUCUUUGGUCCUGUCAUUUUAAUUUUUUACACAUACAUGAGGAUCCUUAAAGUUUGUUUUUCUGGUUCUCAACAGACCAGACAGAAAGCUAUCAGUACCUGCACACCUCACCUUGUUUCCCUCCUUAACUUUUGUUUAGGGGCUUGCUUUCAAAUAAUAAUGGCAAGAUUUGAUGUGAAAAUUGCACCAAGCAUGUUAAAUAUGUUUUUAUCAUUAUACUAUCUUAUAUUUCAGCCACUGGUCAACCCUGUAAUGUAUGGACUAAAAAUGUCUAAAAUCCGUACCCUAUGUAAAAAUUUGGUUAUUAGUAAGGGCCUUAGUAUUCUGCUGUGA